AAGAUUGACGCUUGCGCGGUAACCGAUGUAGCUCGUGGCAGCAGGUAGCCGUAGGGGUUGCUUAGCUAGCGGUUAACGCUAAACUAGUUAAGCUAGCCUAGCCGUUCCCAGUCUUUUUUGCCAUUAAUGGUUAGCUACCAAAUGACCUAUUGAUGUGAAGAAAGGCUUUCAAAAUCCGAUGCAAUGAGGAAGAAACUUAGGCAAUGGUGUCUCGAAGCCAACACCUCCAAUCUCCGCUAUCCUGAUUGUCAUCCAUCUAACAACCGUCUGAUCGAAGAUUGAAAAGAAUCCACACCAUGGGAAGGAUCAGUUUCUCGUGCCUUUUCCCUGCGUCGUGGCACUUCAGCCUGUCCCCACAGGUUCUCCCUCGUUUCCUGCUGCCUUCGUUCCGUCAGCUGAUCUUUAUCUGCCUCCUGGUGGGCCUACUGGGCCUGCUCUACGUCGUCCUGGUAACAGGAAAGGGCCAGGACAGCUGGAUAAGAAAGGACAGCCACUUCCACAGGCAUUUGGCGAGAGUCACUGACGUGGAGGCAACUGACACCAGCAAUCACCUGAACUAUGGUCUGGUAGUGGACUGUGGCAGCAGUGGCUCCAGGGUGUUUGUGUACUGCUGGCCCCGGCACAACGGGAACCCACACGACCUGCUGGACAUCAGGCAGAUGAGGGACCAGCACCGCAAGCCGGUGGUCAUGAAGAUCAAGCCAGGGAUCUCUGAGCUUGCCUCGUCACCGGAGAAGGCCAGUGAUUACAUCUACCCCUUGUUGAGCUUCGCAGCCCUGCACAUCCCCAAGAACAAGCACCAGGAGACUCCUCUCUACAUCCUCUGCACAGCUGGCAUGAGGGUGUUGCCUGAUAGUCAGCAGGAGGCUCUCCUGGAGGACCUGAGAACUGACAUCCCCGUUCGCUUCAACUUCCUCUUCUCUGAUUCCCACGUGGAGGUCAUCUCUGGGAAACAGGAAGGCGUGUACGCCUGGAUCGGCAUUAACUUCGUCCUCGGACGGUUCAAUCACCUUGGUAACGCUGACAGGGAAGCCACGGUGGAGGUGCAGAUCCCUGGGGCUGACCACCAGGAGGCGCUGGUGAGGAAGAGGACCACAGGGGUGCUGGACAUGGGCGGCGUCUCCACGCAGAUUGCAUACGAAGUGCCCAAAACUGAGGAAGUGGCCAAGAACUUGCUGGCGGAAUUCAACCUUGGCUGUGACGCUCAUCGCACAGAGCACGUGUACCGCGUGUAUGUGUCCACUUUCCUGGGCUUCGGGGGCAACGCCGCUCGACAACGAUACGAAGAGAACCUAUUUAGGAACGCGAUCACUCGGAAUAAACUCCUGGACCAGCAUGUUGGUGACACGGCAGAGUCCCCUCUCUUGGACCCGUGUCUGCCCACAGACCUGCAGGAUGAGGUGGGCCCGGGCGACCGCAGGCUCCACCUGAGGGGCACCGGGGACUUUGACCAGUGCAGACGGCUUCUCCAGCCUUUCCUCAACCACACCAACCAGACUCACUCCUCCCUCAGCGGAGUCUACCAGCCGCCCAUCGACUACUCCAACAGCCAGUUCUACGGCUUCUCCGAGUUCUACUACUGCACCGAGGACGUACUGCGCAUGGGCGGGGACUACAACUCCUCUAAGUACAGCAGCGCAGCCAAGAGUUACUGUGCCACCCAGUGGAGGACUCUGAAGGAGAGAUUUGACGCCGGCUUGUAUGCUUCUCAUGCCGACAUGCACAGGCUCAAGUACCAGUGUUUUAAAUCGGCCUGGAUGUAUGAGGUGUUUCAUUCUGGUUUCUCCUUCCCUGCGGAUUAUAAAAACCUCAAAACGGCUCUCCUGGUCUACGACAAAGAGGUGCAGUGGACUUUAGGAGCCAUUCUUUACAGGACUCGUUUCCUGCCUCUGAGGGACAUGCAGCAGGAGAGUCUUAAAGGAGUACACUCUCACUGGCGACACAGCUUCUCCUUCCUCAACAACCACUUCCUGUUUCUGGCUUGCUUUCUGGUGGUCCUCCUGUCCAUCCUGCUCUACUUGCUCCGCCUACGUCGCAUCCACCGGCGCACGGCCCAGCGCUGCAGCUCUUCCCCUGUCCAAUGGCUGGAGGAGGGAUUGGUCUCCCCUUCGCUCCCCAUCACCCUAUAGGCUCCUUCACUUGUCACUCAAACAAACUGUUCUCCUUGCCCCACCCACCUCAGUCCAUCUGUGUACACCUUCAUCAUAAGGCCUUGUAUAUUUGUGUGUAUAUCCUGAAAAUGGCUACCUUCUUGGUUGGGAGCUUAGGGAACUAUGAGAAGCAAUGUUGAGAUUCAGGCAACGCUAAUGUAAAACAUGUUGCAUGUUGAAUUUGAAGCCUUGGAUUGUCUUCGGUUAUUUUUUCUUCUCAGUUUAUUUAUUUUUGUUGAUAUGAACAAAUUCUGCCUUUUUCUAUAACAAGAAAUGUGAAUGAGGCACAGAGAGACUGUUCUUGCCUGAUGUUUUAGUGUUCCCUUGUGUCUGAAUUAUACAUAAUUAAAAUGGCAGCUGCCUUCCCAUUUCCACUUAUAAGUGAUGUCAUAGACAGUUACUGGACAACAUCUGGCCAGGUGACAUAAAUAAUACUAUAAAUACUGUAGAUUUCAUGCCACAUUUUCAUGUUAUUUUAUGUAUGCCUUUUUGGAUGCGUGACUGGUGAAUGUUUCUGUAUUGGGAUAAGUCAAGUUUUAGACCCGAAUGAUCUCAUACUUGGUUUGCUUGGCACAACGUAUUUUUUAUAUAUUUUGUGAUUCUUUCUACUAUUGUUUAUUAACUUAUGAGAAACAGACCUAGUUCCUGGGAAAUUACGG